CAACAACUAGCAAACAUGUUCGCUUUGUGGUAUUUAACUUUUGCUGUAGAUGAAAUACGAAAACGUUUGGCUUGGCUAUUCAACUCCAAUAAGCCUGCUGCACCAGCGUUAGACAAUAAACCCGCGAAUCCUCCGGUUCCAGCAGCUGCUCCUGCGCCCGCAUCAAAACCAGUUGCAGCUCCUUCUUCACCGUCACCAAAGCCUGUUCCUGCUUCUGCACCUGCACCCACUCCAGCAGCGAAGCCAGCUACUCUUCCAACUCCAGCUCCUGCAGUUGCUCCAGUUAAACCAAGUGCUCCUACACCCGCUUCCGCUCCUGCUCCAGUAAAGCCAUCACCUGUGGUAGCUCCAACAGUUCCAGCAAAACCAGUAGCACCUGUCACUCCUAAACCCAGUCCACCGAAAACUGCUGAUACCAUGCCUAUUCCAUUGCCAAAAUCGUUGAUCGAAUCCAAUACCAAUGGCAAUGGCACAAAUGGCCAAGCACAGGACCUGGAGUCGCGUCUUUUUGAUGAUCAAAGUCAAGGACCAAAGGCUCCCGUUGUUGAUAUUGAACAGCUUAAGGAUGCCAGUAAUGAUUUCAUUAAGGGCGAGGCCAAUGCCUUUGUUCAGUCCAUCAAGGAGGCUCAAAAGGCUGGCGAACGCAAACAAGACACCAUGGUUGACGCUGCUGUUCUCGCUAAAUUGGAAGAAGGCUACGCCAAGCUCGCCGCCUCCGACUCCAAGUCGCUGUUGAAGAAGUACCUGACCAAGGAAGUCUUCGACAACUUGAAGAACAAGGUUACCCCCACCUUCAAGUCGACCCUUUUGGAUGUCAUCCAGUCCGGUUUGGAGAACCACGACUCUGGCGUUGGUAUCUAUGCUCCCGAUGCUGAGGCCUACACCGUCUUCGCUGAGCUGUUCGAUCCCAUCAUUGAGGACUACCAUGGUGGCUUCAAGAAGACCGACAAGCACCCAGCUUCCAACUUCGGUGAUGUGUCGACCUUCGGCAAUGUGGAUCCAACCAACGAGUAUGUGAUCUCUACUCGUGUCCGUUGCGGUCGCUCCAUGCAGGGCUAUCCCUUCAACCCCUGCUUGACCGAGGCCCAGUACAAGGAGAUGGAAGGCAAGGUCAGCAGCACUCUGUCCGGUUUGGAGGGUGAGCUGAAGGGCAAAUUCUAUCCAUUGACUGGCAUGGAGAAGGCUGUCCAGCAGCAGCUGAUCGACGAUCAUUUCCUGUUCAAGGAGGGCGAUCGUUUCCUGCAGGCCGCCAAUGCUUGCCGCUUCUGGCCCAGCGGUCGUGGUAUCUACCACAAUGACAACAAGACCUUCUUGGUCUGGUGCAAUGAGGAAGAUCAUUUGCGUAUCAUCUCCAUGCAGCAGGGUGGUGAUCUUGGCCAGAUCUAUGGCCGUCUGGUCAACGCUGUCAACGAGAUUGAGAAGCGUGUGCCCUUCAGCCACGAUGAUCGUCUUGGUUUCUUGACUUUCUGCCCCACCAACUUGGGUACCACCAUCCGUGCCUCCGUGCACAUUAAGGUCCCCAAGCUGGCCGCCAACUUGGCCAAGUUGGAGGAGGUCGCCGGCAAGUACAACCUCCAGGUCCGCGGCACUCGCGGUGAGCACACCGAAGCCGAGGGUGGUGUCUAUGAUAUCUCCAACAAGCGUCGCAUGGGUCUCACCGAAUACCAGGCCGUCAAGGAGAUGUACGAUGGCAUCGCCGAGCUGAUCAAGCUAGAGAAGAGCUUGUAAAUUGUUUGACCAAAACAACAACAUCUACCCUCCUUCUAUCCGCCGCGCCAGCAGCUCUUUAACAUUCUCAGCACUCUAUGGUCCGGGUGGAGCGAGGUCCAACAACAGCAACAACAACAAAAACAACCAAAAAACAAUGAAAACAAAACAACACGUAGAAAUCUUUCAACUCGUCCGCCUUGUCGCGUUUUGGCGGUUUGCGAGUUGCAAAACAUUUAUUUAGUUUGUAGAAAUGUGUGUGGAAGCUUCAACAUAUUUGUUGUCCAGUCCCAUAAACUGGCGAUAACUUUCGGCAUUUUCGUAUACUUUGAGAGUUGCGAGGAUUAUGGGCCUAAAACAACAACAACAAAGAGCAUUACCAACACCAACAACACAGAACUACUAUCCACAGUAACAACAACAACUAUGGAGAACUAUUUAAAACAAAAAAAAAAAAAA